AUGUCAAAUUCACAACAAAGGAAUACUAUUGUAUUGAUUACAGGAACAAGUAGUGGAAUAGGAGCUUCACUGGUCCAUUCAAUUGCUAAAUAUCCAAAUAUCAAAGUGUAUGCCUCUGCAAGAAAUCUAUCGUCGAUCAAACAUCUCAAAGACAAGAAUAUAUCUACUAUUCAAUUGGAUGUCUGUGAUAAUUCAUCCAUUAAAAGUGCAGUUGAUACUAUCAUCAACGAGGAAGGAAGAAUCGAUAUCCUGAUAAACAAUGCCGGUAUCAAUAUUUAUGGACCUGUCAUCGAUAUACCAGAGGUUGACAAUCGUAGGUUGUUUGAUGCAAACUUUUUCGGUACGAUAGCUGUCACCCAAGAAGUAGGUAGACACAUGAUCGAGCGACGAUCCGGUUUGAUUGCAAACAUCUCGAGUAUCUCUGGUUUGAUUACAACUCCGUUCGACGGUCUCUACUGUGCAAGCAAAGCAGCUCUAAACGCUUGGUCCGACUCGCUACGAAUGGAACUGGCACCGUUCAACAUUCGAGUUUGCAUAGUGAUGCCAGGUUCCAUCAAAACGGAACUCGCCAACAAUGCAAAGAGUACACUUGAACAACUCUUGGACAACACUGUCUAUCAUGAUAUUAAAGAUUCGAUUGUGUUGCGAUCGACCACCUCACAAGACAAUAGUAUUCCAUCGACUCAAUUCUCUGAAAGAGUUGCAGCAGAACUUCUCAAAUCCAAUCCACCAUCGAGAUUUGCUUACGGACCACUCUCUACACUUUUUAAACUCUUAAAUUUCGUUCCAACAUUCAUCUUGGAUUAUGUAUUUUCAAAGAAAUUUGGAUUAUUAAAACUAAAGUCUCUCAUAGAGAAAUCAACUCAAAAUACAACUAAACAAUAA